GCGUUAUAGAUUCCGAGUAGAAACACGGACUCGCUGUUUUCUACCCGUUAUCCAGCGGACAUCGCAUCUUCUCGUCGUUACAGCAAAUGUUUAAUUCACUUAUUUAAUGCAGUUGACGUCGUUGUAAUCGUAAACGCUCGAAGCGACACCAAUUCCGUCUGUUUCAGUCAUGUCCUUCCAGUCGGACCGUGGGGGUCCGAGAGGACAGAUGGCCCCCGGCCAGAACUACCUGAACCCUCCUGCUCCACAGCCUCCUGCUCCGCCGUACCAUUACGACCCACAGACUCCGCCGGGUUCGGGUUACCAUGGCAGCGCUGGCUACAUGCCCCCCCACCCUGACUUCAUGCAGUACCCUCCCCCAGCUCCGUCGCAGCAGAACCCCGGCGCUCUGAGUCAGUGCCCGCUGCGCCCACCUUUCCCCAAACCCCCUCCCAAUUUCCCACCUCCCCCUUUGCCCAGCUCAGCUGGGGGUCCGUCUUCCGGCUCCCAGGUGUCUGCUCAGACCUCCUACCCCCCCUAUAUGAUGCCUCCGCCCCCACUGCCUCACCCAGCCAUGCCUCCGCCCAUGAGCUACCACCCCACGUACCACAUGAACUACCCUCCUUUCCCUCCUCCGCCCUUCAACCCCGGCUAUACCCAGACUGCCGGCCCCUUCCAGCCGGACCACGGCGUGCGACAUGGGGGGCCGUACCCAUACGAGAAGUCUGCCGACAGCCGGAGGUCGCCGGAAAGAGGGUAUCGCCAUGACGACCACAGGCAGAAGAGCUACGGCUACGGCGAGCGGCACAAAAUGGAGUUCAGCGGAGAGAGGAAGGAGCGCGGGAGGAGUCCGGACCGGCGAGGGAGGGCAGAGGGGGGGCGCUACAAAGCUGACUACGACAGAGGGAGGAGUCCGCCACGACACCGGAGCCGGGAGAGGAGCAGGGAGCGGUACCGCCACCGAGAUGUUCGCCGAUCCCAGUCACCCGAUCGGUACAGGAAGAGACCUCGGAGUCGCUCAACGAGCCGAGACAGGAAGCGAGGGCGCUGGGAGGAGGAGAAGGAGCGGAGGUCGGACAGCUCCUCGGGGCCGAGCCGGGAGCGCAGCUACUCGUCGCUCCGCAGCCGGGACGCCGACGAGGCGUUCGACGAGCGCGAGCGACAGCGGGACAGAGAGAAGGAGAAGAACGACGAGGAGAAGGAGGAGGAAGAGCUGCUGAAACCCGCCUGGAUCCGCUGCACUCACGCCGAGAGCUACUACUCCAACGACCCCAUGGACCAAGUGGGCGACUCCACGGUCGUGGGAACCAGCAAACUGCGCGACCUUUACGAACGCUUCGAGGACGAACUGGUAAAGCGGCAGGAACGAGCCAAAGGCGCUCGGCCCAAAUGGGAGCCGCCUAAAACCAAACUGGACGAGGAUCCAGACGACAGCAGCAGCGAGUCGGACUGCGAGUCGGACGGCGACGGCACCAGCUGCUCCAGCAGCUCCGACUCUGAGGUUUUCGACGUCAUUGCUGAGAUCAAGAGGAAGAAGGCGCAUCCGGACCGUCUGCAUGAGGAGCUGUGGUACAACGACCCGGGCCAGAUGAAUGAUGGCCCCCUGUGCAAGUGCAGCGCCAAGGCCAGACGAACGGGGAUCCGCCACAGCAUCUACCCCGGAGAGGAGCCUGUGAAGCAGUGCCGUCCCAUGAACAACAACGCCGGGAAGCUGUUCCACUACAGGAUCACGGUGUCUCCCCCCACCAACUUCCUGACCGACCGGCCGACAGUGAUCGAGUACGAUGACCAUGAGUAUCUGUUCGAAGGAUUCUCUCUGUUCUCCCACACUCCUCUCACCAACAUUCCAUUGUGCCGAGUGAUCCGCUUCAACAUAGAUUACACCAUUCACUUCAUAGAGGAGAUGACACCGGAGAACUACUGCGUCCGAGGUUUGGAGCUGUUCGCCUCCUACUUGUUCCGGGACAUUCUGGAGCUUUACGACUGGAACCUGACCGGUCCUGACUGCGACUCUGAGUCUUCUGGAUGCCAGCGCUUCCAUUUCAUGCCUCGUUUUGUCAGAUUCUUACCGGACGGCGGGAAGGAGGUUCUGUCGAUGCACCAGGUGCUGCUGUACCUCCUGCGCAGCAGCAAGGCCCUGGUUCCUGAGGAGGAGAUCGCAGACAUGCUGCAGUGGGAGCAGCUGGACUGGCAGAAAUACGCAGAGGAGUGCAAAGGCAUGAUCGUCACCAACCCCGGCAUGAAGCCGAGCUCGGUGCGCAUCGACCAGCUGGACAGGGAGCAGUUCAACCCAGACGUCAUCACCUUCCCCAUCAUCGUUCACUUCGGCAUCCGGCCCGCUCAGCUCAGCUACGCCGGAGACCCUCAGUACCAGAAGCUGUGGAAGAGUUAUGUGAAACUGCGCCACCUGCUGGCAAACAGCCCAAAGGUCAAGCAGAUCGACAAGCAGAAGCUGACGCAGAGAGAGGAAGCUCUUCAGAAGAUCCGGCAGAAGAACACGAUGCGCCGUGAGGUGACGGUGGAGCUCAGCAGCCAGGGCUUCUGGAAAACCGGCAUCCGCUCCGACGUCUGCCAGCACGCCAUGAUGCUCCCGGUUCUCACCCAUCACAUCCGAUACCACCAGUGCCUGAUGCACCUGGACAAGCUAAUCGGCUACGUCUUCAAGGACCGCUGCCUCCUGCAGCUGGCCAUGACUCAUCCCAGUCACCACCUCAACUUUGGCAUGAAUCCUGAUCACGCCCGCAACUCGCUGUCCAACUGUGGCAUCCGCCAACCGAAGUACGGCGACAGGAAGGUCCACCACAUGUACAUGAGGAAGAAAGGAAUCAACACACUGAUUAACAUCAUGUCCCGUCUGGGUCAGGAUGACCCGUCUCCUUCCAGGAUCAAUCACAACGAGAGGCUGGAGUUCCUGGGCGACGCUGUUGUCGAGUUCCUCACCAGUGUCCACCUCUACUACCUGUUCCCCAGCCUGGAGGAGGGCGGCCUGGCCACCUACAGGACGGCCAUCGUUCAGAACCAGCACUUAGCCAUGCUGGCCAAGAAGCUGGAGUUGGACCGCUUCAUGCUCUACGCCCACGGACCCGACCUGUGCCGGGAGUCGGACCUUCGACAUGCCAUGGCCAACUGCUUUGAAGCACUCAUCGGGGCUGUGUAUCUAGAGGGAGGCUUGGAGGAGGCCCGGCAGCUUUUCGGACGACUGCUUUUCAACACUGGGGACCUGCGGGAGGUCUGGCUCCACUACCCACCUCACCCCCUGCAGGUGCAGGAGCCGCAGUCGGACCGGCAGCUGAUUGAAACGUCUCCAGUUCUUCAGAAACUCACCAGCUUCGAGGAUUCUAUCGGAGUUUUGUUCACGCAUGUCCGCCUGUUGGCCCGAGCGUUCACCUUGAGGACAGUGGGCUUCAACCACCUCACGCUAGGCCACAACCAGAGGAUGGAGUUCCUCGGAGACUCCAUCAUGCAGCUGGUCGCCACCGAAUAUCUCUUCAUCCACUUCCCUGACCACCAUGAAGGGCACUUAACUCUCCUCCGCAGCUCGUUGGUGAACAACCGGACUCAGGCCAAAGUGGCAGAAGAGCUGGGCAUGCAGGAGUUCGCCAUCACCAACGACAAAACCAAACGGCCCGUCGCGCUGCGCACAAAGACUCUGGCUGACCUGUUGGAGUCUUUCAUCGCGGCUCUCUACAUCGACAAAGACCUGGAGUACGUUCACACCUUCAUGAACGUCUGCUUUUUCCCUCGGCUGAAGGAGUUUAUUUUGAACCAGGACUGGAACGACCCCAAAUCCCAGCUGCAGCAGUGCUGUUUGACCCUGAGAACGGAGGGCAAGGAGCCCGACAUCCCGCUGUACAAGACGCUGCAGACGGUCGGGCCGUCGCACGCCCGGACCUACACGGUCGCCGUCUACUUCAAAGGAGAACGCAUCGGCUGCGGCAAAGGCCCCAGCAUCCAACAGGCUGAAAUGGGAGCUGCGAUGGAUGCGCUUGAAAAAUAUAACUUCCCACAAAUGGCUCAUCAGAAGCGUUUCAUCGAGCGGAAGUACCGCCAGGAGCUGAAGGAGAUGCGGCGAGAGCGAGAGCGGCAGGAGAAGGAGACGGACGACGCCGCCGCGGCGUCCAGGAAGUGACGGAGAAGCGUUAGCCAGUCAGGCGAGAGCUAGCGAAGGUAGACGGAGUCAGGGUGAGUCAGGAAGCCACAAAUGUCCAGUUUUCUACUUUUUAUGUGUGAAAGGUGCAAAUAAAACAGCAGCAGGAAGCACUGAGGUACCAGAACAAGCUAACGACUAGAAACAACAAGUUUUUAUAAGGUGGAAGAUGUUUAAAUAAAGCUUUAAAAUUCUGCUGUGAAAAUCUGUUUUUUUCUCUCUGGUACAGAAAAACAGUUCAGAAUUUACCUUAAACUUUUAAAAAAAAAUACAGUGAUAUGAUGAAUUUUGUAAUUUAUUUGAUUACAGCUCACUUUAAUACACAAUAGCUUCACCAGCUGGGUCAAAAUAUGGAAAAACAACUUUAAUUUUAGUUUAACAGCUAAUGUAAAAUAAUUUUUCUAUAAUUUGUUUCAGUAUUGGGACCGAUACAGAUAUUGAUAUCUGUAAUUCUGAGACAGAAACGGCUAAAAUGGUCCAUUUUGUUCCACGUUUGCCACUCAUCCACUACAACCAAAAUAUUUCUUUUGCCCUCUCACUUCUUGAGAUCCAAUUGGCUGUCGCACAGAUCUUAAUUAUAGAUUGUUUAAUUAACGCUCAGACGCCUCUGGAUCCAGCCAUUCAGCAACGGCAGACAUGUUAAUGACUAUCUGUGGUGGAGUUGAGUCUCUUCAUAUUGAGAUUCACUGCCGAUAAGCCGGACGUACCUGAGAGCGCCACAGUUCGCCUGCAGCUGCCGUCACAUUUUUCAAAUUAAAGUUUCACAGAAAACCUCGCAGAGACGGCCUCAUUUUAAACAUAUUUAAUAUGUCAUAUAAAUAUUCAGUACAAAAUAUCACGGUUUACAAAGCAGAGUGAUGAAUGGCCGGUCGCGCCGGGCCCCCGCACACUACCACUAGUUCUCGGAUCGUUUCUACAUAAACAAAACUCAACCACGUUGCCACCCACGGAGUUAUAGCAUAGAAGAGGCGAGGCCCACCGCGUCUGCACAUCUACUAUCACAGAUCUACUGCAUCUGGACUUCAGUGUCUCCAACCGUUAGCCUCACACCGAAAAGAAGAAAAGAAAAGAAAAACACAGUAAUGGUGACAUGAUUGGAAACGGUAAAGUAAAACACCUUUUUGUUUACAUCCAUUUGAGAUCUUGAUGCAGCUAAACGGACAAAAUUGAGCUGGAAGAUACCAGCUAGCUGUCUGGCUAAUAAUUAGCUAGCCCUGAGAAUUGAGCAACCCGCAGUGGUGACAAUAACGAGACAGCCACUCUACGAGCCUAGACAAAAAGUUUG